GCUAGCUUAACUGUAAUGUUUUCUGCUCCCUGGGGCCACAGUGUUUUCAACGGGACUCAAAUAACUACUUACCGGACUCGUCAUGGCCGCUUGACCCAGGCUGAAAUACCCUAGUUCCCGUUAUAAUUUCUUCAAGAAACAUUUACACAAACUUUUCCCGGACAAACUUUCAUCUUUUGUGUAGUUUUUAUGUCCAGAAAGAAGAAGGAUGCAACCCCCACCGAGAAAGGUCCGGGUCACCCAGGAGCUGAAACACACUCAUGCAGAGCAGAUGAGCAGAUUACAAAUAAAGCACCAGACAGAGUGUGACCUCCUGGAGGAUCUGAGGACUUUUAGCCAGAAGAGGUCCGCUGUAGAGAGGGACUACGCCCAGGCACUCCAGAAGUUGGCAAACCAGUAUCUAAAGAGGGAAUGGCCGGAGAGUCUGACAGAGGAACAAACGGACAACAGGAACAUGUACUGUGUAUGGAGAGCCUAUUUGGACGGCACGGUCCAGGUCACCCAGUCCAGAAUCAGCGCCUGUGAUAACUACAAAGUCCAGGUGGCAGAUCCAGCCAAGACGGUCCGACUGCAGAAGGAGCAGCAGCUGAGGAAGUGUAUCGAUCAGCUGACCAUGGUUCAAGCGGAGCUGCAGGAAUCGGUGAAGGAGCUGACGAAGAGCAGGAAGAAAUACCAGGAGGCCGAGACCAUGGCUCAGGCUGUCCGAGAGAAGGCAGAGCUGGACGCCAAGUCCAAGCUAAGUCUCUUCCAGUCCAGAUCCAGUCUUCAGAGGGCGACUGUCAAGCUGAAAGCCAAGAGGAGCGAGUGCAACUCCAAAGCAACGCACGCCCGCAACGAUUACAUUCUCAUGCUAGCAGCCGCUAACGCUCACCAGCAGCGCUACUACAACACAGACCUCAUGGACUGCAUCAAGGUGUUAGACGGCAGGAUCUACGAGCAGGUGAAGGAUUACCUCGUCUCGCUGUGUCAGACAGAGCUGGAGAGUUACCAGGCUGUCCACAACACCUUCAACCAGCUCCUGAACAGCUCCAACGGGGUUCUGCAGGAGUUCCACCAGCAGCUGUUUGUUGAGAAGAACCUCAUGUUUCAGCAAGCCCCGGACUUCGUGUUCCAGCCCAGCGACACAGAUACGGUGCUGGAGCUGCAGAAGGAGAGCGGCACGUCGGAGGAGCAGAGUCUGGAUAAGGAGGCGAGGAAAUGGGCGAGCCGCGUGGCCCGAGAAUACAAGAGUAUCAUCCACACACAGCGGGCUCUGGAGGGAUACGGGACGCAGGAAACUUCCGAGCAGAACAACAGUGAGCUGGAGACCAAGAUGGAGGUCGCUAGGCAGAGUCUCCGGAGGGCAGAGACGGGGAAGGUGAAGGCGGAAGCUCGUCUGGACUUGCUGCGGCAGGCGGGUAUCGCUGUGGAAACGUGGCUGAAGAGCGCCAUGAACCAGGUGAUGGAGGAGCUGGAGAACGAGCGCUGGAACAACCUCAACACCCAAGAUCCUUCACUCUCUGGAACGGCAGACUUGGAGCGAGAGGACGAGGAGGAGAUGGAGGACAGCGGGGAAGUUUUAGACGACAGCAGCUCGAGUCCCUCCAGCACCUUGAAGAACUAUCCGCUCACCUGCAAAGUCCUCUACUCAUACAAGUCGUCGCAGCCAGACGAGCUGACCAUCGAGGAGCAGGAGAUCCUGGAGGUCAUCGAUGACGGAGACAUGGAGGACUGGGUCAAGGCGAGAAACCGCAGUGGGCAGGUGGGCUACGUCCCGGAGAAAUACCUGCAGCUGCCGUCCUCCAACAGCCUGCUGAGCAUGCUGCAGGCUCUGGCUGCUCUGGACGCUCGCUCUCACUCCUCCAGUAACUCCACUGAGCCUGAAACUGAACUCCAGACCGGGUCCGUCAACGGAGACUCCAGCGUGUCAUUUGCGAAGGCGCUGUACGACUACGCGGGACAGACGGGAGACGAGCUGUCGUUCCCGGAAGGCGCCAUCAUCCGGAUCCUGAGCAGAGAGACCCACGAGGACGACGGUUUCUGGGAGGGGGAGUUUAACGGCGUUGUUGGGGUUUUCCCCGCCGUCCUGGUGGAGGAUCUGACCGGCGGCAGUGAGAACGGAGACGGACACAAAGACGGCAGGGCUCAGGCGUCCCCCUCCCCGCUGGCUCAGAUCGGCGGCUCCCCCCGCAGCCCCUUCCAGCCCCUGCACAGCAGCCCCCUGCAGACCCCCACCCUGUCCUCCACCGUGUCCUCCCCGCUGUCCAGCCCCUGCAGCGCCUCCGCCUCCCCGAUCGGACGACCCCCCUCCUACCACAACGGACACCACAGGCCCCCCCCAGCCCCCCACAAAAGCCCCUUUCAGAGUCCAGUUCAAGGCUCCCCGCAGCCCCCCAAAUACCCAGACAGCAGCUCCGGCACCAUUCGACCUGUCCGUGCUGCCCCUCCGCCCCCGAAGCAGCAUCCCCGGGGCCAGGUGAAGCGCAGAGAGGAGGUGGAGAUCACUCUGGUGUGACGGCGUCGACACCCUGGAGGUGACGACUGUUUUUAAACCAGUGAGGACUUCUUCCCGCUUCUGAACUCACUCCCAAAGGAAACCAGAGGAAACAAAAAAAACACCUGAAGGCUUUUUAUCUUUCAUCUCCUCCUCAGGGUCAGUGUGCUGCGGAGGAUCAUUGUGCCUUUCUCUGAACUAUACUCACACACCCAUCCUUCAAGAAGGGCAGAUUCAACAUUACACAUCCUCUAUAGUCCAUAAUGUCCACCUCUUCACUCCGGACAGGAAACAUUUCACAGUCCUGACUAAAUGUAUUGAUAGCAGACAGAGAACUGCUGUUAGGAUCAUGAAAUAUCAGUCCUGGUUUCAAAUGCUCUGCUCAUAGUGAAUGAUAUAGUGAUGACUGGCAGAUAAUACAGUGUAUCAUACCCACACAGUAAGAGCUGUUUAAUGCAGGAGUCAAUAGAAAGGUGAUUUGGCUCCACACAGGGAGGAUCAUUUAUAGUCAUUAUGCAUCCUGACUGCACAAUAACAUGCAGAUUUAACCCAGCUUUUUGAGCAGGAAGUGUAAAAAGCAGCAACAAAAAACAAUAGUGACCUCUCUGGGCAGAGGAUAUGCCCGCCAUCUUUAACAUUAAACACCAGCUAAACAUGGAUUGCACAACUUUGGGAGGCUUUAAGGAGAGUCCAUUUAAAACAUCUUCUCCUGUAAAAAUGAGGGAUUUUAACCUUGAAUCAAACCCUUGGUGAGAAAACGAAUACUGUGUUCCUAAAAGAGCUUACAAUCCUUCAGUUAUAUGAUUGGACGGAGUGAUUUAUCCCUCAUAAAUAAUGAGAAAAAAACCCAUAAAUACGAGAAAACCAAUAUUAUGUUAAUAUUGUGAUAUGAGACUCAGUAGCAAUUCAACGUUUUGUUAUCAUAGCAUCAAAUACUGCUCUUAUUUCCUGUUUUAAAGCUGCAUUACAUUAAAGAAAUGUAAUAGUUUAAUGUUUAUUAAACAACGUGACGUUGGAGCUCCGUAGACACACACAAUACGGUUUAAUUUACUUCUCUGAAAGCAGCGCCCUUGCAUACAAAUCAGAAAGCAUCCUAAUUAAUAUAUUUCUGUAAUGAGGACUUAAAUAUCUCCCAGUUUCCUCUCACUAUAUCACUUCCUGUGUGGCUCUCUCUCUUUGAUUUCCACCAGCUGUUUCUAUAAUUGGAUUUCUUCUAUGCAACACCUUCAUCAGGACAGGUUCUGAACAUGAAGCUCCAACAGGAAACCAAAAGUCUCCACAGACACACUCACACACACUCCCCCCCCACACACACACACACCUGAUCAAAACGGGACGAGGCUGGUCCUCUCCUGGAAAGGGAAAAGUGGCAAUUUUAGUUUAGAGUGUUUAUGUCGGUAGGGGGAAUCUCCUAGAAAUCAGAAUCCCUUUACCUUUUUAAUUUACAAACGUUUGAUAGUUUCCUCUGCGCUCGAUGCGAGGAGAGUCCUAAAGGGAGAAGCUUAGUGCGUGCUCGUGUAGUCUAACGUUUCCUUUGUUGUAAAAUAAAGAUCUAGAAAUGUUAUUUCAGCCGGUAGAAGUUGCCGGUUGCUCGUGGAGGUCGGUGACCGUUUACACUGAGGUGCAGUUUAUUAAACAUGCCUUUAUUUUUAAGGAGGAAAACAUCCUGAGCUGCUAGCUGUCUGAUUAAAACAAAUCUAUUCUGUCAUAGUGAAGCACUUUCUGAUGUCUUCUUAUUCCUUCUCAGUAUUGUGGAUGGUUGUUGAAUAUGUUGUGUACCAGCUAUAUUGGUAUGAAUUAUUUUCCUUCUUUUAUCUUGCGUUAUUUAGCCUUAAAUAGCCGUUGUAGUGUCUUUGAUUGAGAUAUGUUUUUGAAAUAGUUUACAGAGAGCUUGGAGAUGGAUAUCUGUACAAAUAAUAGCACCGCUUUUUUUGUUUUCUUUAGAAUUAGGAUUAAAAAUGAAAACUAUUAAAACCUUUUUUUAGUUGAAUUGGAUCAGAGGAACAGGAGAGAUAUAUGUCAGCCCUGUUGCUGUGUUCUCGUUGAUCUCCUUGAGAUCUGAAUGACAUCAAACUUAUUUUUGAAGUUUGCUUUUACCCUGUUGCAUUGAUGAAAAAAUAUAUAGUGGUCAGACGGAAGUUAAAGUCUGGAUCAGAAAUUCAGCGACAAACUGCCCACACUCACAAAGGGAGCUCUGCAGAGGCUGCUGAGCGACGUAUUUACACCCGUGGAUGUUUAACUGUAUUUAUUGUGUACAAAUAAAUGUGAAAUAAAGAUAGCUUAAUGAAACAAAACAAA